CCAGCCCAGCCCUCACUAUGCUCCGGGUGGUUCUGGAUGCUCCACAGCGGUUGCUGAAGAAGGGCCAGGGGUCCCGGCAGCUGGUGCUGGUGGUGGUAUUUGUGGCUCUGCUGCUGGACAACAUGCUGCUUACUGUGGUGGUGCCUAUUGUGCCCACCUUCCUAUAUGCCACAGAGUUCAAAGAAGUCAACACUUUUCUGCACUUGGGCCAGGCCAGGACUUCCCCAAAUGUCCUCACCUCUCCUGCUUUUUCCACCAUCUUCUCUUUCUUUGACAACAACACCAUGGCUGUUGAAGAAAAUGUACCCAGUGGCACAGCAUGGAUGAAUGACACGUCCAGCACCUUCCCCACUCCAGUCCCUGAAGCCAUGUCAGCACGUAAAAACAACUGCUUGCAAGGCACAGAGUUCUUGGAGGAAGAGAACAUACGGGUCGGAGUUCUGUUUGCUUCAAAGGCUCUGAUGCAACUUCUGGUCAACCCAUUUGUGGGGCCUCUCACCAACAGGAUUGGAUAUCAUAUUCCCAUGUUUGCCGGCUUUGUUAUCAUGUUUCUCUCCACAGUUAUGUUUGCUUUUUCUGGAACCUAUACUCUGCUCUUUGUGGCCCGAACCCUUCAAGGUAUUGGAUCUUCAUUUUCAUCUGUUGCAGGUCUUGGAAUGCUGGCCAGUGUCUACACUGAUGACUACGAGAGAGGGCGGGUCAUGGGAAUCGCUCUGGGGGGCCUGGCUUUGGGAGUGCUGGUGGGAGCUCCUUUUGGAAGUGUGAUGUAUGAUUUUGUUGGGAAGUCUGCUCCCUUCCUCAUCUUGGCUUUCCUGGCACUGCUGGAUGGAGCACUGCAACUUUGCUUCCUGCAGCCUUCCAAAGUCUCCCCUGAGAGUGCCAAGGGGACCCCACUCUUAACACUUCUCAAAGACCCUUAUAUCCUGGUGGCUGCAGGCUCCCUCUGCUUUGCCAACAUGGGAGUGGCCAUGCUGGAACCCACCCUGCCCAUCUGGAUGAUGCAGACCAUGUGCUCCCCCAAGUGGCAGCUGGGUCUAGCUUUCUUGCCUGCCAGUGUGUCCUACCUCAUCGGCACCAACCUCUUUGGUGUGUUGGCCAACAAGAUGGGUCGGUGGCUGUGCUCACUGAUUGGAAUGGUGGUGGUAGGGACAAGCUUGCUCUGUGUUCCUCUGGCUCACAAUAUAUUUGGACUCAUUGGCCCCAAUGCAGGACUUGGCUUUGCCAUAGGCAUGGUGGACUCCUCGAUGAUGCCCAUCAUGGGACACCUGGUGGACCUGCGCCACACCUCUGUGUAUGGGAGUGUCUAUGCCAUCGCCGAUGUGGCUUUCUGCAUGGGCUUCGCUAUAGGCCCAUCCACUGGGGGAGCCAUUGUGCGGGCCAUCGGCUUCCCCUGGCUCAUGGUGAUUAUUGGGGUUGUCAACAUCGUCUACGCCCCUCUCUGCUACUACCUGCGGAGCCCCCCAGCCAAGGAGGAGAAGCUGGCAAUUCUGAGCCAGGACUGCCCCAUGGAGACCCGGCUGUAUGCCACCCAGAAGCCCACCAAGGCAUUUCCCCUGGGGGAGGAGAGCGAGGAGGAGCCGGAAAGCGAGGAGUAGCAUCCGAAGGUGCUUCCUGAGUGUUGGCCUGUGCAGAUCCGAGGCUCGGACUUCAGCAACCGCCUCUUUCCCUGGAAUCAGAUCACCAUGGGCUGCUCAACUGGCUUCACUUCCCUCUCCCCUGGGAGUCUUGUUUCCUUUCCUCCCACCACGGGGCCGGUGCUCACUUCUCACCUGUGUAACUAUGGCUGAUGCCUGAGCUGGGCCUUUGCGGGAGGACAGGAGGGAGUCUCCCUCCCAGGCCGCUGUGAGGCUGAUGAAACCUGAGGGGUGACGGUUCUGCAAGGGGUGACUCAUUCCACGGAGGCGGCAGCGAGGAAAACCAGUGGGGCCACCGACAAGCCUCUUUCAAUCUGCUUAGUUUUCUUUGGCAUAUUCCCAGCAGGUUGUAAGGAUGUGUCCUCUGAUACUCGGUGUGUUCUCCCCUGAGUUUUCUGAGCUGAAUAGGUAUGUCCUUCACAUACAGUUGCCCAAUUGCCAGUUUGGGAAUUUUUUUGCCUGGUGAUCAUAAGUUGAAUGUUUUUGUUGUUGUUGUUUUUGUGGUUAAACCUACAAUUGCUCAGGUGAUGCCCUCAAUAAUAGGGUCUUCCUAUUUUCUGCAUUCUCAAGUGGAAAGGGAAAGAGUCUGUGUCUCAUAUGCUUGAGUUACUGAAAUUCUCAUUGUUUCCCCUGCGUGUCUACCUUUCUUGAGUGUCUUAGAAAUAAAAGUCGGAGAAGGACAGGAAAACAAUCUGUUAACCCCAAGAUUUCAUGGAGGAAGUGAAAACCAAAUGACCUGAAACCCCAGCUGUGGAUUUCAUAAUAUGAGGAUUAU